CUUUAAUAAGUGAAGAGACUCCCUUCAAUAUCUAUUCGCUCCGUCUGCUUUUCUUUCUCACUCUAGGGCUCUCUCUCUCUCUCUCUCGCUCUUCGCUCUCCUCACUCCUCACUUGGCUUUGUCCCAAAAUAUGGGGAAAUCCAGAUCUGGAAAGCGCAAGGCCAAGGAGGUCGAAGAGCCUGAGCUGUCUGAUUCCUCUGAUAUGGCUGAGAUGGACAGCCAGCCCAUCGCUUUGGUAGUCAACGAACCCAAGAAGACGAAGCGGAACGAUGCUGAUUCCGAUGCUUCCUUUCUCGGAAAGCCUAUUCCCCAAAGCGAAGCCGCCGAAAGAUGGCCCAAACGUUACUUGUCAAAGGUUAAGGCCAAGAAGGGAGAGCUAUCUGGGGAAAAGAAAGAGAGUGGAACGGAAGAGGAGGUCACACAAGCCAAAUUUCAUUAUACUCAAGCUUUGGUAGAUGGGGUUGUCUAUGAUCUUAAUGAUGACGCCUAUGUCAAGGCUGAAGAUGAUAAGCCUGAUUACAUUGCCAGAAUUAUUGAGUUUUUUGAAGCUGUUGAUGGUGAGCUCUAUUUCACUGCUCAGUGGUUCUAUAGAGCAGAAGACACGGCCAUCAAGGAUCUUAGGGACCACUCACACAUUCUUGAUAAAAGAAGGGUUUUCAUGUCGGAGAUCAAGGAUGACAACCCCUUGGAUUGCAUUGUUUCUAAAGUGAAAAUUGCCAAAGUAUCUCCCAAUAUGGAUUUGGUAGCAAAGGAGAAAAACUUACCCCCUUGCGAUCUUUAUUAUGAUAUGAAGUACACAGUAGCUAAUCUAACAUUUUCAACCAUUGAUCCUGUCUCUAAACCAGAUAGUGACACGUCGUCCACAAUAUCAAGUGAAAGUGGGUCAAACAAUCUGGGAGAUGAUGAGAGAAAUCAAACUUCCAAGAAGUCUGAGAUGACUCUCUUAGACCUGUACUCUGGAUGCGGUGCAAUGUCUACAGGUUUAUGCAUGGGUGCUUCUUUAACUGGAGUGAAACUUGUAACUAGAUGGGCUGUGGACUUCAAUGCUGAUGCGUGCCAAAGUCUCAAGUUGAAUCAUCCUGAAACUGAGGUAAGAAACGAAGCAGCAGAGGAUUUUUUGUCAUUGUUGAAAGAUUGGGAAAAAUUAUGCAUGGAUUUUAAAUUGCUUGGACCACAUCAAUCCCAAGACCAAGACGCUUGCUUGGAAAGUGUUGAAGUAGAGCUUGAUAAAAAUGAAGACAAUACGAGUGACAGUGAAGAUACCUCACUUUCAUCUGAAGAAUUUGAAGUGCAAGAGUUGCUUGCAAUUUGCCAUGGUGAUCCUAACAAAUUAGGAUCAAAGGGGUUAUAUUUCAAGGUUCGCUGGAAGGGCUAUGGUUCAGACGAGGAUACGUGGGAGCCCAUUGAUGGCUUAAGCACAUGUCAAGAUAAGCUGAAGGAGUUUGUCACAAAAGGUUACAAGAGGAAUAUGCUACCACUUCCAGGUGAUGUUGAUUUUAUUUGUGGAGGACCACCGUGUCAAGGAGUAAGCGGUUUUAAUCGCUUUAGAGACAAGACAGCUCCUUUAAAAGACAUAAAAAAUAGUCAGCUGCUUGUUUACAUGAGCAUUAUUGAGUAUUUGAAGCCAAAAUAUGUCUUGAUGGAAAAUGUCGUCGAUAUUUUAAAAUUUUCUGAGGCGUUUUUAGGACGAUAUGCGUUAGGUCGUCUUGUUACCAUGAAUUAUCAAGCUAGAUUGGGCAUGAUGGCUGCUGGUUCUUAUGGUCUACCACAAUUUCGAAUGCGAGUAUUCUUGUGGGGUGCUCAGCCUUCAGAGAAAUUACCCCAGUAUCCUCUGCCAACUCAUGAAGUAGUUGAGAGAGGAGUUGUCCCUACUGAAUUUGAGGAAGUUCUUGUUGGCUUUAACAAAAACGAGCAGCGUCAUUUGGAAAAGGCUCUUUAUCUUGAAGAUGCAAUUUCUGAUCUCCCUCCGGUUGAGAAUGAUGAAAGCCGAGAUGAAAGACCAUACGAGACAUUACCUCGUACUGAAUUUCAGAAGUAUAUAAGAUUGAAAAGAAGUGAUGUGGUAGGUUAUGAAAAUUCUUCUCCUCAAAGUCCACAAAAGGCAAUGUUAUAUGAUCAUCGACCUUUACAGUUGAACCAAGAUGACUAUGAAAGAGUUUGCCAAAUACCUAAGAAAAAGGGUGCAAACUUUAGAGAUUUACCUGGUUUGUUAGUUGGUCCAGAUAAUGUUGUUUCUCGUGAUCCAGCAGUAGAGAGUGUUCAAGUUUCUUCGGGAAAACUGUUGGUACCAGAAUAUGCCCUAAACUAUGUGCGCGGAAAAUCUACAAAGCCCUUUGGUCGUACAUGGUGGGACGAAACGAUUGGAACUGUAGUGACCAGAGCUGAACCUCACAACCAGAUAAUUAUUCAUCCAGAGCAAGAUAGAGUGCUCUCUGUACGUGAACUAGCACGGCUGCAAGGAUUUCCUGAUUUUUAUAAACUUAGUGGACCAAUUAAACAAAGGUAUAUGCAAGUAGGAAAUGCAGUUGCUGUUCCGGUGGGUAUUGCCUUAGGUUAUACCUUGGGUUUAGCUAGUCAAGGAUUAUCUGAUGAUCAACCUCUUACAACACUCCCAUUCAGAUUUCCAAAGUGUAUAUCAUCAUCUGAACGCCUAGAAAGAUAGUUGAAAGAUCUAGUAUUUAUUUAUUUGGAGUUCUCAUUUGAUAUUAUCUAUUUCAAGUUAUCUCGAUUUAGAUAAUUGUAAUUUAAUUAGGAACCAUUGUUUUUUAAUAUUAUCAAAGUUCAUUCUGAAUUUAGAACAUGAGGAAGUAUUUGUGUUCUAGACUAGACCUUCAAUUCAGUAUAAUAUUGAGUUUACAUGCACUUCAAAAUUCAAA